UAAGAAAUGAAAUGAUUUGUGAAAUUUAUUAAAGAAACGAUAACUCGUGUCUAUUAUUAUAUUGAGAAAAUGAAAUUUCUUGGAAAUUUGUGCAUAACCCUGUUAAAGUAGUAGGAAAAAAUACACACACAUCAAGGCGGAAAAAGAAGAAGAAGUGCAUUAACAAGCGAUUUCAUUUUUUUCUGACGAUGUUACAACUUCGGCCAUUGAGCGAAGAUUUACAAAAAACAGCUAAUGAAGAAUUGAAUGAAGUUCCCAAACGGACGGCCGAAUACUUGCAGGACUUUCGAACAUGGAUCGAACAACAACCACAUUUACAUGCUUAUACCGAUGAUCAAUUUUUAAUUGCUUUCUUACGCGGCUGCAAAUAUAGCCUAGAGAAGGCUAAAGCAAAAAUUGAUACUUAUUACACUUUGAAAAGUAAAUACCCGGCAAUUUUUAAUGAAACCAACGUGGAUAAUCAAAGGUUUCGAGAAAUAUUCCGCACAGGUGCGUAUUUAUAUUUACCGAUCCCUCUUCACGAUAAUGGUCCACGUAUACUUAUCUUAAACGGCGGUUUACAUCCAGCUGAUAAGUAUAGUAUGGAAGAAGUUUUAGCUGUCGGUCAUGUUCUACAGGAUAUUGUAAUGCUAGAGGAUGACUACGCUCUAGUUAAUGGUUUAGUGAUGAUUGGUGAUUUUCAUGCUGUUACUUUAUCCCAUGUCCUGCAAAUGACUCCGAUAUUAACAAAGAAAUGGAUUACAUACAGUUACGAAGCGGUGCCAAUGCGUAUUAAAUCUAAUCAUGUCUUUCGUUCUCCGAAAGUAUUUGAUACACUUUACAAUCUUGCCAAGCCUAUGUUACCUCCUAAACAGCAGAAGAGAUUAUUUGUUCAUAACAAUAAACUGGAAUCGCUUACACAACAUGUGCCUCUGAAAUAUCUACCCAAAGAAUAUGGUGGACAAAAUGGCAGCAUUCCAGAAAUCGUUGAAGAAUGGGAUAAAAAAUUGGAUCAAUAUCGGGAUUAUUUUAAAAAAAGCUCCGAAUGGGGUACCGACGAGAAGUUGCGUAUUGGAAAAAUUAAAGAUUACGAUAAUAUAUUCGGUAUUGAAGGUUCAUUUAAAAAAUUGGAAAUCGAUUAA